AUGGGCUUCAAGUUCUCCUACGUGUGUGAUCUACUUUCCGGUUUAGAGCGUAAUCGCUAUGUCAAAGCCACCAGUGCAGCGAAAGCACAGAACCCGGAUUACCGUACCAUCUCAAGCUGGUGCUUGAACUAUUCGAAACGGCUACACGACAAAGAUACAGACCUACUUGCCGUGCUAUCAUGUCUGUUUCCCGAGAAGCGGCCGGAUAGGGUGUACUGGUUACAGCAUGCUUCGCUGGCUCGCAUCAUCGGUAGAUGCCUGUACCUUGGAGCCUCGAGGUUGAAAGACCUCAGCCAGUGGCAGGUCAGCGGAAAUGGGGAUCUUGGUGAAUGCGUCGAAAAUGUAAUGAGCCAGGCUGAGAACCAAAUCCUACCCGGACAGGAAGUCACCGUUGAGGAAAUUGACAAUGUCCUUCAAGAAGUUGCAUCACGUUGCCAGUUUUCCGGCCCGGCUGUGCGCAGAAAAUACGCUGCUGUCGACGUGGAAGAGGUACUGGGAUCGCUGUAUCGCAGACUAAGCAGUCGGGAUGCGAAAUGGUUGACACGAAUGAUUUUAAAGUCAUAUCAUCCCGUACAGCUUCCUGCGGACUACUUGCUUACGAAAGUGCAUUUCCUUUUGCCGCACUUGCUACUGUUUCAGAACUCACUAGAAGCUGCAGUCGAGUUGUUAAGGUCCCCUCCACUCAAGCUCUUUCCUCCUCAACCACAAUCACACUUCGCCAAUUUGUUGAGCGACAAGGCCCUUGAGCAUUUUGUACCUCGAAUUGGAAUCAAAAUAGGUCGUCCGGAGUACUACAAGGCCCGAAGUAUCAAGCACUGCAGCAACAUGAUUCGCCAACGCAGAAUGAGUCUUGAGAGAAAAUAUGACGGAGAAUACUGCCAGAUACAUAUCGAUCUCACAAAGAGACAAGACUGCGUCCAGAUAUUCUCCAAGAGUGGUAGGGACUCGACCCUUGAUAGGGUUGGUAUUCACGAUGUCAUCAAGCGAAGCCUUGCAAUUGGCGAACCUCAUUGCAGAGUUUCCCGGCAAUGUAUUCUGGAAGGUGAGCUACUUGUUUGGGAUGAUAGAGACGGCAAGAUUUUGGAGUUUCACAAACUGAGGAAGUUCCUGAGUCGUUCAGGCAUGUUCAUUGGCGCAGAUCUUGAUUCACAAUUACGACGAUUACUGCUCAAAGAAACAAUCAAAAUCAGUCCAGGGCGCGCUGAAAUCGCUGAGCAGGAGAUCAUUGAUUUCUCCCGCGCUGAUGCUGUACGACGUCUUCAGCUGGCACUAUCGCGAAGUAUUGCUGAACGGUGGGAGGGCUAUGUGAUUAAAGCAUGUGACGAGCCUUACUUCUCAGUCUUAUCUUCACAAAGGAGUGACGGCUUCAGUCGAUGGAUCAAACUCAAGAAGGAUUACAUACCUGGACUUGGUGAUACUGCUGAUUUUGCGCUGAUAGGUGCACGAUAUGAUGCGAAAGAUGCCUCUUCUCUAUCAUCAAUGCAUCAACACUCUUGGACACACUUCUUCAUAGGCUGUCUUGACAAUAAGGAAGAUGUUGUUCGACUAGGUGCUUUACCUCGAUUUCGCAUUAUUGAUAUGAUAGGCACACACAGUCUGAGUGUGAAUGACUUGCAUGUGCUCAAUCAGUGGGGCAAAUUUGUUGCCUGUGACGUUGACUCAAACACUGCGUUUGAGUGUUAUAGCAUUCACAACUCUCUGCCCAAUAUGGAUAUUGCAUUCAAGACUCCGUUUGUCGUAGAGUUGCUGGGCAGCGGCUUUGAUAAGCCAAGUAAUGCCCAAUACUAUACGCUGAGAUUCCCUCGUGUCUUGAAGAUCCACUGGGAUCGAUCGUUUGAGGAUGCCAUCUCAUUCAUUGAAUUGCAAGAACUAGCACAGAAGGCACGUGCUGUUCCAACACACGAGUUGGAGGAGGAAAAUGCCGUCUGGGUUGAGAAGGUGGCUGGCACCAGUAGAUAUCAUGAGUAUAUCGUAGACAAAUCUCAAAGCACUCCAACGUCAUCGCUCACAGGCAAUUCUCCUUUGUCCAGAUCAGCCAGUCUUGUUUCACCACGAUUGACACCGCCUUCUGUCAAACAGGCACCAGCCUCGCUGAUUAGAGACGUGAGACCUUUCAGUCAGUCACCAACCACUAACUCGUUUAACGUACGCAAACGCACAAUAUCUUCUGUCUACCCUACUUCAAACUUGGACUUUGCAGCAAAGUUGGACCUCACAUCGUCAAACUUGAAUUUCACAUCACCAAUUUUUAACACCAUAUCAUCGAAUUUGGCCUCUUCGUCGUGCUUGUACCAUCUCAAGAUAUCUGCACCAACUUCAUCUACAAUCAUGGAAAAUUCUGCAACCAUGGACUUGGAUCAAGCUCCCCAGCAAUUUCUUCGAGCUCCAGGAAGCCCAUUCCCAGGAGCUUGGACUAGCAACGUCGGCGGCCCUGCCAGCACUGACAGUCCUAGUACGGAAUCUUCUGGCUGUGAACAGAAUCCUAGUGGGCUCGGUAGUGGCUGGACAACCCCCUUGAGAGAGAAACUAACUGUCCCAUCACAUCAAGUUUCAACUCGAGCAGCAGCUACUCUGGAUGAGGCAUUGAAGUUCAUUGAAGAAGCAGAAGCAAAGCUAGAAUCCUCCCGCUUUCGGUUACCAGAUGGCACAAAAAACACCGCCAAAUGCGUUGGACUACUUCAUGAGAAGGAGUACGACACCGAGAUACGUGCACUCACAGACCCUUUGCAAACCCACCCAGUUUCUCCACUUUCCACUAUUCCAAUGUACUGUGGUGAGUCUGGUUUUCAGGAGGAUACUCUUCGCCAGGCUCCACGUGAAUUCACAUUCUCUGCUAAGCAUUUUGUGAAGUCAUUGGGGUUCCAAUACACUCGCAGAGCUGUUCGUUUGUCCAACCCAGCUGCUGUUAAGAACGACAUGGCUUUGGGCAUUGUCCUGGUUGAUAUCACAAAACCCUCCACAGUGCUCGCUAUGCAGCUAUACGACAUGGGUAAUCUGCUGGCCACCGAACUCUGUCAGCCAAAGCCCGAUCUUCAGCCUCAGGGUAAGAUUUUCUUCCUUGACAGUCGCAUUCUCAAGGCUGGAGGAGAAGCAGGAAUCGAAAGCAAGAUGUUCCUUCUGAGCGACUGGUGGUCCGAGUUCGGCACACACUACUUCUACGCUACUAUCUCCUGGCGCCCCGGUACCGAAGCAACCCCAAUCCCCGUUCUUUCUGGCCCUCGACGCGUGAUUGAUCAGAUCAAUGAACACGACACUAGAGCUAGUUCAUCUAGUAGUCGUGUAGCUGCAAACAUCGUCAAUAUCUACGAACCCAGCGAGGUCGAACUGGUCGGCGAGUGGGUCUCCGUCGAUCCUACCGUCCAUCUCUAUGGUGACCGUUACUAUGCUCCAUCCGGUACUGUUACUUUUGAUUUUGAUCUCGGCCUGGUCCGUCCUGAGAAGCCUCGCUGCACAACUCAUGAUGAUCAGAUGGACCCAUCUUCGGCCUUUAUCUGA